AUGGCCGGCGGCGGCGCGUUCUUCUCUUCUUCGCUGGGCGGCGGCGCAGGCCUCGCAGAUGACAGCGGAAACUUCUCAGGCUUCGCGCAAACCCGGCUGGGCAUCGACAGGCCUGCGGUUGACGGCGUCUCCGCCGUCGUUCCGCUCUUGACCUCUGGGGUGUAUGAACACCGCGUCUGGCCCCGACUCCGCGCGAGCCGCCCCCACGCUCUCUGGAGCCGAGAGGUCCUGCCUCCGCACAGUCUGCCGCCGUGGUCGGGGACUGCAGCCACGCCUUUCCUCGCGAGUUCCUGUGUGAAUCGGACGCGGACAGCCUGCACUCGCCUGAAGUGGUUCCCUAACGGCCAGCGGCUGCUGGCAGGGACGCAGCCGGGCGAGCUGGCGGUCUGGUCAGGCACUUUCUUCGGAUUUGAAGACCUCAAGCGCCUGCCGCAAGGUGGCGGCGCGAUCACUGCGAUGGAGUGGAGCGGCACAGGCGACAGGCUCUUCGUCGGAGACGCCUCGGGGCUCGUCGUCGUCCUCUCCCAGGCGCUCAACCCUCUCGAAAACGAGCCUCUCAAGGGUCUUAGCCACCCCGUUCUGGCGCUCUCCGCGUCGCCGCUCACGUCGCAGCUUCUCGCGGGAUGUGCAGACACCGUGGACCCGCUCAUUUGGGACGUGAACCGGCUGUCGGUGUCGCGCGUCCUCCGCGCGCCGAAUCUCGACAGCAGCUCUUCGUCCUGCCUCCAUUGGCAUCCCCUCAACUCACUCAUCGCCUCGGGCUCAAAGUCCAGCUGGAUUUACCUCUGGGAUCCGCGCGACGCGCAGCCCGUCGCGACCCUCCAGCCGCAUCGAGGCACCAUCAACAAAGUCGUCUUCCAUCCGCACGGGUCGCUGUUGCUGACGUGCAGCCGCGAUACGCUGAUUCGCUCGAUCGACUUGCGGAUGCUGCGCCCGCUGCAUCUGUUUCGCGUACCCCGGCCUUCCGCUUCGUCUUCCUCUUCUUCGUUGGCGUCGGGGGGGGCUCCGGGCGCGGCGGAGCCGCUGCAGCUCGCGCUGAAUCCUGUGCACUCGAACCUGUUUGUGACUGGCGACAACCAUGGCCAGCUGACCUUUUUCUCGCUGCUGCAGCCGGCCGCGCCGCUGCUGCAGCUGCAGGAGGCUCACGGCGGCGUGGCGCCCUCCGGCCCCAGCGAGCGGGCGGAGGGCGCGGUGGUCGCGCUCGACUGGCACCCGCUGGGGAAUCUCCUCGCCUCCGCCGCGGAUAGCCGGCUGAUGCGCUUCUGGUCGCGCGGCGUCUGCGGCGGCGUCGCGGGGGACGCGAUGCAGACCGUGAAGCUCGUCGAGCUGCAGAACGGCGGCCUCUCCGGCGACUUUCCCGUCGCCGUCCGCUGCGUGAAGAACCGCGAAGUCGUCGACAAACGCAAGCGCGCCCGACGCCUCGUAGGUGGCGGCAGCUUUCGCCCAAUCUGCGAGAGCGACGCGCCGGACGCGCUGGCUGCCGGCGCCGCCGCCGCCGCUGGGCACGCGUCGGCGCGGAGGAGCGAGACGAGCGACGAGGAAGAAGACGCGGAAGACUGGGACGGCUGGCUGGGCAGCUCGCAAGCGCCGCGGACGCCCGUGAAGGCCUUCCCGCGGAUCGCGAGGGCCUGGCUGGUCGGGCGCAGAUCUCCCGCUCCUGGCGACGCGCAGAUCGCGACGCCGACGGAGGGCGGCGAGCAGGGCGCGCGAAAGCGAAAACUGGGUGACGCUGCGGAACCCGAGGGCGAGGCGACGUGA